AUGGAGCCAAGUCACCAUGGCAGCCUGGACCAAGGCCCUUCCUCCCCUGUCGGGGCUCAGCCCGUGUCGCCCCGGGGCAGCAUUGUGGGAUUGGUAUCUCCUGGGUUGUUCCCCAACCAGCUCAGCUUGGAUGGAACUGUUCGGUACCAGCCUGAAGGAUCCAGCGGCUCCAUCAACAAUGUGUACGGUGGAGGGAACGUUCCUCGUGGGACUAGGCCCGACACCCUCUUUGACCCUUCCCAUGUUCGGUCACAACCUGAAGGGGCUCGCCACUCGGGGCUUGAGGAGAGGGCUGGCGGCAGGCAAAUCCAACCUCUCUCCCUGGAUACUAGCAGAGCGCAGCCAGAGGGCUCUGGUGGGGCCCAGAUGUUCAGCACACCUAGUUUACGGUCUCCAGUAGAACUACGUCCACUUUCUCCAGCCUCUGGCAGCUCCUCUUCCCAUUCCAGCGUGUCGCCUUCCAUGAAACUGAGCCAGUCACCGAGUCGUGGCAUUAUGCCUGGACUCUGCGCCUUGGACCCAAUGACCUCUGCCAUCUUGGCCACUGUGGAACUGAAGGACACCCUCCCAAAGGCUGAAUCUAGUGAUCACAUCUGCCUCAACCGGACUGGCUCGUCCCACAGACCCAUGUCUCUCCCCAAAGCUGUCUCUAGUGAGUACAUUUCAGGGGGAAGGGCCGCCCCUUCAAAAUCACCUAUGCUGUCCAAGGCUGAGUCGGAGGAAUACAUCUCCUAUGGGAGGACAGGACACUCCUCCAAAUUGCUGGAUGUGAGCAGCAGCAGCAACAGUAAUGCCAAAGAAAGUCUUCUGAGAAGAUGGAACAAGCCCAAACCCAAGCCAGACAAUGAGUUUCGCAUCACCGUGGUAACCUGGAACGUGGGCACGGCCAUGCCCCCCAGCGACGUGACAUCCCUCCUGCACCUCAACACAGGGGAUUCCAAUGACACCGACAUGAUUGCUGUUGGGCUGCAGGAGGUAAACUCCAUGAUUAACAAGAGACUGAAGGAUGCCCUCUUCACCGACCAGUGGAGCGAACUGUUCAUGGAUGUGUUGAGCCCGUUUAAUUUUGUACUGGUGAGUACGGUGCGGAUGCAAGGGGUCAUCCUGAUGGUCUUCUCCAAGUACUACCAUCUGCCCUUUCUACAGGACAUCCAGACAGACUGCACAAGGACAGGGAUGGGCGGAUAUUGGGGCAACAAGGGUGGAGUGAGCGUGCGCCUCUCCAUCUUUGGGAACAUGAUCUGCUUCCUGAACUGCCACCUGCCGGCGCACAUGGAGAAAGCCGAGCAGCGCAAGGAGGAUUUCACCACCAUCCUCAAUUUACAACAGUUUGAAGGGCCAGCAGCCAGUGGCAUCCUCGACCACGACAUUGUCUUUUGGUUUGGGGACCUCAACUUCCGCAUUGAGAGCUUGGACAUCCGCUUUGUGAAAUAUGCUAUUGACAACAACAUCCUUAACCAGCUCUGGGAAAAAGACCAGCUGAACAUUGCGAAGAGCACAUGGCCCAUCCUCAAAGGUUUCCAAGAAGGAUCCUUGAACUUUCCCCCGACCUUUAAGUUUGAUGUGGGAACCAACAUGUAUGACACCAGUGCCAAAAAACGGAAGCCCGCUUGGACGGACCGCAUCCUGUGGAAGAUUAAAGGCUCCAGCAUCCCAACACAUACUGGGAGGACCAGCUGCGGUUUCCUGUCUGUGACCCAGCUGUGCUAUUGCAGCCACAUGGAGUACACAGUGAGCGACCAUAAGCCUGUGGUCUCCAUCUUUGCUGUGCAAUUUGCUUCCAGGGUUGAUGUUCCCAUGGUGGAGAUUCAGGUCUCAGAUGAGUGGACAAAGCCAGAGCAAGCCAUCAUCUGGUAUAAGACCUCUUCGACUUACCAUCGCAGCUCCUGGGACUGGGUUGCUCUGUAUCGGGUGGGCUUUCGACACUACAAGGACUAUGUCGCCUACAUGUGGGCAAAGCAGGAGGACACCGAGAACAACGUUUACCAGUUAACGUUUCCAGAGGAGUCCUUGCCUAAAGGAAAAGGCGAAUAUAUCUUGGGCUACUAUAGCAACAACUACAGCAGCAUGGUGGGUAUGACGGAGCCCUUCCAGAUUUCACUGCCCACCGUGGAGCAGGUCAGCAGCCCCACGGAUAGUUCGAGCGUUUCUUCCGAAGAGGAGGACGACAGCACCCUGGUACUUCUCGGCCCCAAGUCCCGCAGCCCCAGUCCCGGGAAGAUGAAGCGCCACCGAAGCCGCAGCCCCAGCCUGGCCAAGUUCCAGGGCCUGAUCUUUCGGUCAUCAAGCCGGGACCAGGGCCCCAGCCGCAGCCCGUCCCCCCAGGGCCGCCGCUCCAGCAGCAUCCUGAAGGCAGACAUUCCCACCAUCCACUUCUCCAAGGACAGCUCCCGGCAACGCUCCAAGUCACGGGAGAUGGCGCCAAACACAGAUAGCGGCUCAGGCUCCCGGCUUCAGGCAGCCUGGCGCUUCGACGACAACCCCCUGGCGAGGGCUGACCCCCGCAAUUUGGGCCUGCUACCAGCGGUGCGCUUGGAGACGAUUGACCAAGUCAUGGCCCACCGUCGGGAGAGCACUGACCAGGGCCUGCCUUCCCACAGGAUGAGCCCCACUAGCCCUACGGCGGGGCUGUCUGCUCUCUUUAGCACCUCCCCGAAGGAGGGGGGAUCCCAGGACCCCCAGGACCCCAACAACCACAGCAGGGACACGGGACUCUGA